AUGCUGCGUCCUACCGCGCUCAUACCGGUCAUCUUUGGCCUUGCAGCCUUGGUCCUAACUCUGCUAUGCAUAUUCGCCGGAAGCAAGCCUUCUUUCAUGCAGGACUACUCAAUCAUCACCCUCAACACCUCCCGCAUCGGCCAAAACGUCUUCAACACCACCGCCUCCACAAACUCCGACUCCAACAUCUUCUCUCAGAUCUGGGACAAUGUGACCAACUCCAUCGAAUCCUCCAUCAACACGGAUAUACACUCUUUCGCCAAAGAGUUGGGUCUGCACGACUUUUACUCUGCACAUCUACUCGAUUACUGCGAGGGCUACUACACACCCACCGCCGUCCCCAACGCUACACUCUCAAAAUCAGACAUCGGGAUCAAUGUAACGGCUUGCAGCAACAGGACUUCCUUCUUCCACUUUGAUCCCACCACUGCACUGCAGAGAGAGUUGAACAAAACAGGCACCGGCAUCACUUUGGAAGAAUUGCAUUGGCCUUCCGCAGUAAACUCAGGCAUCCGCGCUUUACGCAUCGCGCAAAAAGCCGCAUUUUUACUCUAUUGCAUUUCCGCUGGCCUCAUCAUCCUCGCUACAGCUUUCUCUUUGCUGUCGUUUUUUGUGCACGGCAGACUUUCGGCUUUUGUCGAUAUUUUGCUUUGGACGCUUGCGUUCUUUGCUGCGCUGUUGGCUUCGGCGAUUACGACUGCUGUGGCUGUCAAGGCUGCUCAUGUGGUCAACGAGCACGGGAGGGAUGUUGGAGUGACUGCGAAGAGAGGAGGAAAGUUUACGGCGUUGACGUGGGUGGCUACGGGCUUGUGCGGGUUGAAUGUUUUUGUGUGGGUGUUUGAGUGUUUGAGGGGUAAGCGGAGGAGAAACGGAGAAAGUUUUGUGGGCAGGGUUGAGAAGUGA